GGAUAAAUCGAAAACGGAGACGAGCGCUUGACUGAUUGCACUGUGUUUCGCAGGAAACACGACGACCAGAAUGUACUCAGCACUCAUUAAUUACGUCCAGACUGCGUCCAUCAAUGCCAACCAGGGCGUGUAUUAUUUCUGGGGUUCCACGGAGCGACAUGGAGAAGAUCCUCCGCAUGUGACGUCACUUUCAUGCAGCGUUCCUCGGUUUGCCCAGCCGCAGUCAUAAACCGAGCUCUACCCGCGCUUUCCGCAUCCCCCUCCCCUCCACCCACGACUACUUAGUCUCCUUAACGACCGUAACGAGUUCAAGAUCGCAAUCAUGGGCGCCGGAGCUGCUGCACCAGGGCUCUUUUUCACCUUCGCUGCUAUGGUCCUCCUCAUCUUCGCCUCCGUUUCCGUUCCAACAUGGGAUAGCAUUUACUUUCUCAGCGCCGAUGCUGGUGGCGGCGAAACACGUUUCGGUGUAUUCGGUUACACAGAUUCCUCAACCCGAGUUGGCUGGUUCUUCCCAUCAGACCUUGCUGACAGCAGACUCAAUGGCACUCUAUUCCACAACUUGACAUUUGUUCUCAUUCUUAUUCCUAUCUCCGCCGGUCUCUCUGGAAUUGCUUUCCUCUUUGGUCUCUGCGGUUUCGCAUAUCACCGUGCUGGAACCGUGUUCAUGACCCUCGUCAGCGCCCUCGCCCUCCUCGUCACCCUCGUCGCUUGGGUCAUCGAGAUGGUUCUCUUCGGCGUUGCUCGUGACCGCAUUCGAGACCGUGGCCUCGAGGCAAACUUUGGAAAUGCCAAUUGGCUCGUGCUUGGUGCUUUUAUUGCGCUUAUAUGCGCCUUCUUUGCUAGUGCAUGUGGUAUCUUUGGAAGCUACCGUUCCAGAAGGGCUGCAUACUAAACGCAAAUGCCGAGAUGUGACGAGAAAAGGUGUCGGCCGAGUGAAAAGAUGACGACCGUAUAUUUACCCCCAGAUACCAAACUCUACUUAUGACCCUGAUUUCGCUGAUGACCCUUUCGGACGAUCUUACUUUAUAUCCUUUCUAGUUCUCCUUGUAUGCUUGCAACUCUAUCCUGUACCAAUAGAUUCUCUGCUGAUCCGCCAUCGUAUUGCGUACGUUUAUUCAAGCGUGUUUUUUUCCUGAUGUCUCCCAAUUAUGUCAAGUUUUGAACGAAGGGUGUUCGAUUCCCACGGUCAGAAUUGCAAUCUAUGCAGGCCAAUCACUUACAGCAUCUUCAUGUUACAUACAGGCGGACAGCUAGAGGCGAGAACGUAACCUCACUCUUCCGGCUUGCCAUGGGACCUUCACAGUAUGCGCGGCCCCCAUGUAACAGCCGGACAAGCCAAGCCUGGGAGGAGCGUUCCACACAAAGUUCGCGAAGCGUAUUAGAGUCACAAAGAACUUCUUGCGCAGCGGCGGCAGUGGUACUACAGCCAACUACCUCCAUGCAUCGCGGGAUUCAAAUAUAGAAUACUAGCAUAA